AUGAUAGCAAGUUAUUUUGAAGUAGUCGCAAUUAAAGAUCAUAAACCAAUUCAUCAAUCCCAAUUAUUAUUUAGAAAGGGAGAAAAGAUAUUAGUUGUAGAGACAGCACCAACAGGAUGGUGGAAAGGUGAAAUUGGUAAUAGAAAAGGGUUGUUCCCAGAAUCUUACGUUUCACAAUCACCAACACCAUCAAUGAUAACAUCACCAGUUCCAACCUCACCAUUGGUUCAUACAACAAUCACUUCAACACCAAAUGUUGCAUCACCACAAUCUUUAAAUAUUGAAAAUAAUAAUAUUACACUAUUACCACCUCCACCUCCAGUUAUAAUUAGUAAUGAAGAAUCAACAUCAUCAGCAGCAUCAUAUUCAUCUUCAUUAUCUUCAUCCUCUCAACUACAACAACAGCCACAAGCACCACAAUUAGUUGUACCACCAAUUAAACAAUUAAAUAAAGUUGGAUCAUCAGUAACAUUUAGUGAUUCACCAUCAGUUAUAAUUUCAUCUUCAACAGCUACAACAACUAAUAAUGGUACAUUAUCACCAACAACUUCUUCACCACACACCGAUAGUCCAAUUAAUAAAUCACCACGUUUUAAUAUUUCACCAACUGAUAUAGCAAAUUCAGCACCAAGAAUGACAAGCCACACAAGAAAGAAUUCAGGUCCUGCAAAAUCAAUCUCCUCUCAAAAUGAUAGUAGUGAUGAUAGUGAUACUUCUCCAACAUUGAAAGGUGUUAAUGGUGGUGUUAAUGUUGGUGGUGGUAUUGGUGGUGAAGGUAUUUCAUCCACAAGUAAACCAAAUAAACAAUAUAGUAGUGCAACUGUAAACAUUAAAGAUUUAAAACAACAUAUGGAAAAGCACCAACAAAAUUCAACAAUGGGUAGAAAUGUUAAUUCACGUACUCCAUUACAUUCAACUGGUAGAGGUAUCAGCGUUGGUGAUGUAAAUACAGAGGUUCCCUAUUAUAUUUGUCGUGCCAUUGAAGCACAUUCUCAGCAAGGUUUUGACGAACUAGAAUUUCAAGUUGGUGACUUAAUUGUAAUCUAUAAUUCAAAAACUGUUGAUUCAGAUUGGUGGGUUGGUCGUUUUAAAACAACUUAUGGUUUAUUACCAAAGAAAUGUGUUGAAAUUAUUAGAGAUAUUUCUCCAACUUCUGCAACUGCAUUAUCACCUUCAAAAUCAUCACCAACUACAUCAACAACAACAACAACAACGACAACAACUACUAAUACCGCUACAACAGCAUCUCCACCAAUUAAAUCAACAAUAGCCACACCACCACCACCAUUACAAAAACCUAUAACACCAGCACCACAAACAACUUUUACUCCAGUACCACCACAACCAGCACCAUAUAAGUUUGAUAUAAACUCAAAUUAUAAAAAAGGUAUUGCUUUAACAAAUUAUAAUAGCCAAUUUGCAACUUAUCUUUCAUUUAAAAAAGGUGAUAUAAUGGUAUUAGAAUCAAAAGAGGGUGAUUUUUGGAAAGCACGUAUUGGUGGUCAAGUUGGUUUAGUUUCUCCAAAUUAUAUUAGAGAACAUGAUGUACAAGUACAUCCACCAACUACAACCUUUACUGCUUCAGUUUAUGAUAACUCAAAUAAUUCAAAUAAUUCAAAUAGUAAUAGUAAUAAUAUAAGUAAUACUACAAAUAGUAAUAAUGAUAAUAUUAAUACCAAUAUUAAUAAUUUAGCACUACCAGUAAAACCAUCACCACCAAUAUCACCAAGAACAAACAACAACAACAACAAUAAUAAUAGUAUUAAUAAUAAUGUAAAUAGAAACGAAAAUGAAAAUACCAAUAUUAAUCAUGAACAACAACAACAAUCAAAAACAGUAAAUAUAUCUCAAAUUAAAAAUGAUGCUAAUAAAAGUAGUGAAAUUGAUGAUGAUGGUAUAGCUAGAAAAAUUAGGGAUUCAUUUACUCAUUUCCAAACCAGGGAGGAAUUACUUGAUGCAAUUCAAAAUCUAGCAAUUAAAUUUGUAAAACAAACAUCAGCUUUGAAAAAAGAGUUACAGCAAGAACAACAAGAAAAAGCAAAUCUUGAGAUGGAAUUACAAGAAAUCAAACAAAGAUAUAAUAUAAAUUAA